AUGACCACAACCGUACAGGCCCAGACAGUCCAGUUGAGGAAGAGUGUCGAGUUUCCACCAACACCUCCAGAGACAAUCGUUGACGGCGAAGAUGCAAAGUCGGUUCAGUCAAUAGACAACCACAAAGAGCAGCUGAACGUCCCACUGCCACCACCUUCAACGGCACCCACACAAGUAUUGGAUGUCGACAAGCCAACGCCAGAUUCACAUGUAUCAAGAGACCCUCGGUUAAUACGGCUGACCGGUGUUCACCCUUUCAACUGCGAAGCGACUCUAACAGAGUUGUUCAAGGAAGGUUUCUUGACUUCACCAGAGCUAUUCUAUGUGAGAAAUCAUGGUCCAGUACCAGAAGUUCAGGACGAAGACAUCCCUGAUUGGGAAUUUUCUGUCGAAGGACUCGUUGCCAACCCCUUAAAAAUCAAACUGAAAGAAUUACUCUCAAACUAUGAAAAUGUCACCUGCCCCAUUACCCUCGUUUGUGCAGGCAAUAGGAGGAAAGAGCAGAAUGUCGUCCGCAAAUCCAAAGGGUUCUCCUGGGGCCCCGCUGGGGUGUCGACAGCUCUGUUUACUGGCGUCGUCAUGAGAGAUGUUCUAGAAAGAGCUAAGCCAUUGAGGAAAGCGCGGUAUGUGUGUAUGGAGGGUGCAGAUAAGCUGCCCAACGGCUACUACGGCACUUCCGUCAAGCUCAACUGGGCCAUGGAUCCUAAUCGGGGUAUUAUGCUCGCUCAUGGAAUGAAUGGAGAGCCCCUCACACCGGACCAUGGGAAACCACUGCGAGCAGUAAUACCAGGUCAGAUCGGUGGCCGCAGCGUGAAGUGGCUGAAGAAGCUGAUCAUUACUGCUGAGCCAAGCGAUAACUGGUAUCACAUCUACGAUAACAGGGUGCUUCCCACAAUGGUCGACCCAGACGAGGCAGCAAAGAACAAGGACUGGUGGAUGGAUGAACGCUAUGCGAUCUACGAUCUUAGCCCCAACUCGGUUACUGCAGUCCCAGCACACGAUGAAAGGCUCGAACUGGCCACUGCACCAGAGUACUACAAUGUGCAAGGCUAUGCCUACAGCGGCGGUGGUCGCCGCAUAACACGCGUGCAGAUAUCUCUCGACCAAGGAAAGAGCUGGAGGUUCGGUAACAUCGAGUAUGCAGAAGACAAGUACCGCGAUUUCGAAGACAAGCAACUUUUUGGUGGACGGCUAGACAUGGACUGGCGGGAAACGUGCUUCUGUUGGUGCUUCUGGAAACUGAACAUCUUGGUCGAAGAGCUGAAAGAGGCGAAGGAUAUCAUUGUGAGAGCUAUGGAUGAGAGCAUGAAUGUCCAGCCAAGGGAUAUGUACUGGUCCGUCCUCGGUAUGAUGAAUAACCCCUGGUUCCGCGUCGCCAUUCACAACGAGCGUGGUGUUCUGCGCUUCGAGCACCCUACUCAACCAGCAUUGAUGCCUGGGGGCUGGAUGGAGCGCGUUAAAAAGGCAGGAGGAAAUCUUGCCAACGGGUACUGGGGUGAGAGGAUCGAGGGCGAGCAGGCGGAUGCCGUGCAGGUGGAGGCGCCGAAGGAGAUCAAGAUGACGAAAGAUGGGCUAAAGAAUGAGAUUACGAUCGAUGAGUUCAGGGCACACAAUAAUUCCGAAAGUCCAUGGUUCGUCGUAAAUGGCGAGGUGUACAAUGGAAAACCGUUCUUAGAGGGUCAUCCAGGUGGAGCUCAGAGUAUCAUCAGUGCAGCUGGUCUGGACAGCACUGAUGAGUUCAUGGCGAUCCACAGUGAGACCGCGAAAGCAAUGAUGCCAGAUUACCACAUUGGCAUCCUCGACGAAGAGGCUCGCCGCAUCCUCGCUGAAGGCGAACCGACGGCUGAAUCCACAGAACCCCGUCCUGUCUUCCUCGACAGCCGCGUCUGGACCAAGUCUCUCUUGCACUCCAAGACCAGGGUGUCCUGGGACACCCGCAUCUUCACCUUCAAGCUCGAGCACAACGACCAAGCGCUCGGCCUACCCACAGGCCAACACCUCAUGAUCCGGCUCAAAGACCCCGUAACCCGCGAAUCCAUUAUCCGCUCCUACACCCCCAUAUCGGAGACGACCAAGCGCGGCUACAUCGACGUACUCAUCAAAGUAUAUCACGGCACGGAAGAGCAACCAGGCGGCAAGAUGACCAAAGCACUUGAUGCGAUUCCCACGGGCCAUUUUGUGGAGAUGAAAGGUCCGAUCGGCAAGUUUGAAUACGUGGGUAAAGGCGACUGUCUCAUUAAUGGAAGACGGCGGCACAUCAAGCGGUUCUUCAUGAUCUGUGGAGGGUCGGGGAUUACGCCUAUUUUCCAAGUGCUGCGCGCUGUCAUGCAAGAUAAGAGCGAUCCUACGACGUGUGUCGUGUUGGAUGGAAACCGUCUCGUUGAAGAUAUCCUUUGUAAAGAAGACUUGGAUGUGUUUGCGAGGGAUAAUGUGGAUAGGUGCAAGUUGUUGUAUACAUUAACCAAGGGGCCAGAAGACUGGACUGGACUGAGAGGGAGGAUUGGAGCGCCGCUUUUGAAACAACAUUGUGUAAGGGGGGCGGAUGGGGAGAGCUUAGUGCUGGUGUGUGGACCCGGACCGCUGGAAAAAGCAACACAUGAGGCGCUUGUGGAACAAGGAUGGAAAGAGGAGGAUCUUCUGUUCUUCUAA